AUGCGGCGCUUCGUGGUCCUUCUCUCCACCUUGGUAGCUGCGGCGCCGGGCACCCUCGUCCCGUGCGCGACCAACUGCCUUCUGCUUUCGAAUGGCUCGACCGUCGCGCUACUUCCGACCAACGACAGCACGAUCGACCUCGUGCAGCAAGGCCUGGAGCGCGUCGCCGGCCUCCCAAGCACCGUCCUCGCCCUAAACCUGUCUCGGAAUGCCAUCACUGCGAUCGAUGCCAGUGCCACCCAGCUGACGACCCUGGAUCUCAGCUACAACCGUAUUCAAGGCGCAAGCCCGAUCGCACUGCCAACCACCCUCACAACCUUGGACCUGAGCUACAACAACAUGACAAGCCUCGACAACACAACGUUCCAUUGGACGCAGCUACCGUUGCUUCAGAGCUUGAAUCUGCGCGGCAAUUUCCUCUCCCGACUUCACGGCGUGCAGUUCCCGCCAACGCUAACCCGCCUGGACCUCACCAACAACCCGCUGACCUACAUUGGCAUGGACCAAGCAACAUAUGCGGCGCUCUCGUCGCCGCGGGUCGUGAUCCUUCUGGACCGAAGGCUUGUCGGUCGGAGCCUUGAGUGCCCGACGGGCAUCGUGGCGCGACUGCAAAACUCGAUUUCAGUUUGCAUUGAAGAUGCCAGUGGCGUUGUGCAGGCAGCAGCGCAAGACUACAUGAUGCGGUACUUGGUCGUCAUUUCGACGGGCACGUUUCUUGUGGUCAUGCUCCUCCUCUACCGCAAGUACCGAACGGCCUACCUCGCGAGCGAAGACGCCGAGUAUCUGCGAGCAACGUGCACAAGCUCCAUCUUGCACGAAGACGACGGGCCCACGCAGUUUGUGGGGCUACCGACGCCAGACGAGAAACGGGACACGGUUCCUGGCGCGGUCUAAGAUCUAAUUUAUUACUGAACCUAUUAUUUUAUUCGACA